UUCGCUUUUUAAUCAUGAAUCCAGAUUUAUUCAGUGCAGCAAGGUGGGGUUUCUUAGACACACUCAACCGAAUGAUUGGAGAUAGUGAAGGGAACAUUCUCGAGCAAACAACUCCGGUAGGAAACACUGCACUUCACAUAGUUGCAAGAUUCGGACACAAGCAUUUAGCGGAAGAGAUUAUCAAGAAGCGUCCUUCUCUUAUGUCUAAAUCCAAUCUCAAUGGAGAGACGCCGGUGCAUUUGGCGGCGAGGGCCGGAAGACAUGAAGUUUUUGAAAUUUUUAUAAAUGCAGUGAAAGAUUCUCCAGAGGUAGACAUCUGUAGUGACACAGAUAGGUUCGGUGAUACGCCUUUACAUGGUGCUGUUAGGAAUGGGCAUUUUAAGAUACUGAAUGCGUUGACGCAAAGAAAUCUGGAGUCGUUACUCAAAUCUAAUGCGGCAAGCGAAACCCCACUUUCGAUUGCUAUUGAUUUGAGAUUGACAAAUAUUGCUGCAAAAAUCAUCACUUUGAAUCAAUCUACGCUUGGGUACCUUGGUGACAACGGCCAAAAACCUUUGCAUUAUGCUGUCAUGAGGCAAGAUUUUGGUAUCAUGAAUAUCAUCAUUGGUUUGAGAAACGACUCUGUUAGAGACUCAGACAAUAGAAAUAGGACUCCCCUUCACUAUGCUGCAGCCUUGGGUCACCAAAGAAUGGUGGAGGAGUUAAUCGAGAAAGACCCUUCGGUUGCAUUCGCAGAAGACGUAAAUAAACAAAUACCUCUCCACUUGGCAGCAGAGAAUGGGCAUGCACGUCUGAUAGAAACAUUGCUAAAGCAUUCCCCAGACAUUGUCGAGAAAGUUGACAACAAGCAGCAAAAUAUUCUCCAUAUUGCAGCUAAGAAUGGAAAUGUAAAAGUGGUGUCAUAUAUUUUGAAGUUACCUGAGAUGGAAGAUUUAGUCAACUCUCCCGACGUGGAUGGAAACACUCCCUUGCAUCUGGCGGCCAGCAACUACCACAGCAAUGUGGUCGGUAUUCUCACCAAGAAUUCAAAAGUUGAAAUCAGGGCACUCAACUAUUCUGGGAAUACUGCUUUGGCAAUUGUUAGAAUGCCUGAAAACCGUGGAAUGGAACUAGAGAAGCAUUUAACUUUGAAAAUAUUAAAGGCUGCCUACAAAAACAAAGCCAUUAACCCUGAAGAUUUGGCUGAAGACACACAAUUUGAUGAAGUCGAGGUAGAAAAGUCAAAUAAAAGUGGUGAAAAGAGCAGGGAAAUAGCUCGAACAAUAACUGUGAUGUCAACUGUUAUAGCCACGUUCACAUUUACUGCAGCAUUUACACUUCCUGGAGGUUUUCAAAGUGAUGGUGCACACAAAGGGAUGGCAACUUUAAUUACUAAAUCAGCUUUCAAAGCCUUUAUUAUCUCUGAUAGCAUUGCCAUGAGUUCAUCCCUUACUGCUGCAGUUAUUAUGUUGUGGUCAUCUUCAUUGCGUGACACUGAAUCCUUCAUGGACAUGCUUCCUUUGGCAAUUGCCUUAACUUGGAUUUCACUCGUAGCUUUAGCAGUGGCAUUUGUGACCGGAUUGUUUGUUGUGUUGCAGGAGAUACUAUGGCUGGCUAUAUUAGUUUGUGUGAUUGGUGGUACUCUUCCUUUCUUGGUUUACAUAGUUUCACCUACUUUUUUUCUUGUGUUGGAACGCUCUCGACGACGAAAUAUAGUUGAAGACAAUUCUCUUUUGUUCACGGUUGGGUUGAUGAAGAUAUUUGGUGAAAGGCUGCGUAAUUAUUUUUAAAUGUUUACCUCGUUUGAUGUGGAGAUUCUCUGAAAAUGAAGGAAACUCUGAAGAGACAAAGUCAAGGGAAUGCCUUAGUUCCAUUAUGGAGGUUGAGGGGAUUGCUGUGUGCAGGUGUUUUCUGUGUACUGGGGUUUUUUGACAAUUUAAAUAGUGCUGAGCAUAGAAAUAGGGAUUCUGGUUUCUUCUUGUUAAUGUUGGGUGAUGAAUGGAGCUAUUUGUCUUAUUUGAUUG